AGACGAUCAGGAUGUCGGAAAAUUUAUUCAAAAACGUUGGAGAUCUCGUUAAAGAUUUCGAGGAGAAUCCAGUCCAGGAGAUGGAAUCACUCUGUAUGGAAUGUGAGAAGACUGGUACAACGAGGAUGUUGCUCACUAUGAUCCCGUACUUUAAAGAAGUCGUCGUUAUGUCUUUCAGAUGCGAACACUGUGGCAAUUCAAACUCAGAGAUUCAAUCUGCAUCUGAAAUCCAAGAGCGUGGAAGUUUGCACACCGUACAUGUUACUUCUCCAGCAGACUUAGACAGACAAAUCGUAAAAUCGGAGCAUGCCGUUGUUUCAUUCUUAGAAUAUGAACUCUCCGUCCCAGAAGGCAGAGGUCAAUUGACCACUAUCGAGGGUAUCAUCAGAGACACAAUAAGAGACCUCUCAAUGAAUCAACCAUUGAGAAAGGUUUUAGAUGUCGACGUAUACAACAAAAUCAACCACUUAUUGUCCAGAUUGAGAGGUGCUGUAGGUGCCUCCUCUGACGAGGUCCUUCCAGAACUUGUCGACGGACCAACCACUACCCUUGAAGACAAAAACAGAGCAGAAGAAUCACAUGAAACACUCCCAUUCACUGCAUUUACCUUACAAGUUAGGGAUCCAGCCGGUAAUUCAUUUGUCUCCUUCAAGGAAUCUCCAAACGAUCCAAAAUGGAGCUACCGUGCUUUCAACCGCACACACGAGGAGAAUGUAGCACUUAGAUUAGCCAACGAAGAUGAAAAACCACAAGAGAACGUCAAACAAGUCGCUGGAUUCGGCGAUAGUGAUGAAAUUACCGCAGAUGAAGUUUUCCAAUUCCCAGGUAUCUGUUCAAGUUGUGCCAAAGACUCACCAACGAAUAUGAAGAAGGUUAACAUCCCAUACUUCCAAGAUAUUUUGAUCAUGUCCACAAAUUGUGAACAUUGUGGAUUCAAAGAUAAUGAAGUCAAAGCAGGUGGUGCCAUUUCAGAAAAGGGUAAGCGUAUCACUUUGAAGGUUGAAGACGAAGAGGAUUUGUCUAGAGAUAUUCUUAAAUCUGAGCACGCAGGAUUAAACAUCCCAGAAAUAAACCUCGUACUUGAACCUGGUACACUCGGUGGUAGAUUCACAACACUUGAAGGUCUUCUCCAACAAGUUUAUGAAGAUCUCUCCACGAAAGCAUUUAUUGGUGACAGUGCUAUCGCAACCCAAGCAGGUGAUUCUGGUUUGGUUGGUAAUGCCCAAAUGCAAGAAUUUGAGAAGUUCUUGACUCAGUUGAAGUCAGUCAUCACGGCUGCUCAGCCAUUCACAGUUAUCAUCGAUGACCCACUCGCUAGCUCAUAUGUUCAAAACUUCAACGCACCUGAUCCAGAUGAACAAAUUAUUAUCGAAGAGUACGAACGUACUCAUGAGCAAAAUGACGAUCUUGGAUUGACAGAAAUGAAAACCGAAAACUACUAGGUAGAAACUUUUCAGGAUUAAGUUAUUUCUUAUAGAUUAUUGUACACUCUUCUUUUAUACUUCUGCAUAGUCUGAUAUUAUGUCAUAGUUGAAAUAAAUGGAAUGACGGUUGCGAACGUUGUUCUUAGUUUCGACGUUGAAAAUGAUUGUAUCAACACUGGCAA